UGUCCCCGUGUCCCCUCAUCCCCACAUCCCCAUGUACCCACAUUCCUGCAUCCCUGCGUCCCCAUGUCCCCAUGUCCCCAUGUCCCCUCAUCCCAGCAUCCCCGUGUACCCGUGUCCCCACAUCCCUGUGUCCCUGCGCCCCUAUGUCCCCAUGUCCCCACAUCCCCACAUCCCCAUGUACCCACAUUCUUGCGUCCCUGCGUCCCCACAUCCCCGUGUCCCCACAUCCCCGUGUCCCCAUGUCCCCACAUCCCCGUGUCCCCACAUCCCCACAUCCCCGUGUCCCCACACCCCCCGAUCUCACACCCAGCCCCGUGUCCCCUCGUGCCACAUCCUCACACCUCUACACCCCGCGUCCCCGCACCCCACGCGCGCCCGUUUCCGUCUCCUUAUCCCCGCCUCCCCCCUCCACCCCCCCGGGCCCCGACCCCGCGCUGACGCCGCUCUCAGCUCGGAGGCCGGCCCGGAUUUCCUGCUGAAGGUGGAGCUGUACAGCGCGGGGCUGGGGGACGACGUGGGGGGCAGCGCGCCCAGGAAGCUGGCCAGCAAACUCAGCAGCUCCCUGGGCCGCUCCGCCGGGCGCCGCCUGCGGGCCACCAUGGAUGGGGGGCCUGGGAGCCCCACGGCAAACGGGGGGGGGGCUCUGCUGCUGCCGGCCCCCAGCGUGCCGGGUCCCAAAUAUCACCUGCUGGCGCACACCGUGCUGUCCCUGGCCGAGGUGCAGGACGGAUUCCGCACGCACGACCUCGCCAUCGCCUGCAGCGAGGAGAGCUCCUUCUGGCUGCCGCUGUACGGCAGUAUGUGCUGCCGCCUGGCUGCACAGCCCCGCUGCAUGGCGGCGCAGGUGAUGUGCGGCUUCCUGAAGGUGCAGCAGGCGCCGGGGGAUCCGCAGGGCUGGGCGCGGCUGUUCUGCGUGCUGCGCGGCACCAACCUGCUGUGCUACCGGCGGGCGCAGGAGGCGGAGGGCGGCGUGCAGCCCGCGCUCACCAUCGCCAUCAACAAGGAGACGCGGAUCCGCGCCACGGAGCAGGAGGCGCGGGGCAAACUGCACAGCAUGACGGUGACCAACCGCUACGGGGCGGAGGAGGUGACGCACACGCUGCUGGCCGAGAGCCGCGCCGAGACGCAGCGCUGGAUGGAGGCGUUCUGGCAGCACUUCUACGACAUGAGUCAGUGGAAGCAGUGCUGCGACGAGCUGAUGCGCAUCGACGCGCCGCCGCCGCGCCGCCCGCCCGCCCCGCUGCCGCGCCAGGGAUCGCUGUACCACGAGAUGGCUAUUGACCCUUCCGACGACAUCGAGGCCGUGACGGACAUCCUGACGCGGCGCGCUGCGGCGCUGGCGGGGGGGGCGCGGGGCUGCCCCCCGUGGCUCUCCCUCUUCGAGGGUCCCCCCCCGCACGCCGCCCCCCCCGCCGGCUGCAGCCCCCGGCCCCGCGCCCGUCCCCGCACGCUGUCGCUGGACGCCAAGCUCAGCACCCUGAAGGGCCGGGGGGGAACCCGGCGCGCCCCCUCCCCGCGCCCCCCGCCCGGCUCCGGCUCCUCCAGCCCCGGCAGCUCCGGUUCCGACACCGAACGCGCCGCCCCUCCGGGCCGCCUUCAGUCCCAGGUGUGAACCCGGCACCCCGGGGGGUUCUGGGGAUGGGCGGGGGGGCGCCGUGGGGACGCGGCCCGGGUCGGGGGUCCCGGUGCCGAGGGCUGCUCUUUUUGGGGAGAAACUGGAACGUACGGUGCCCAAGUGGAGGGGGGGGGUCGGGUCGCUCCGAGCUGCUGCCGCCUGCCGUGGGCUCGGGGCUCCCCCCCCCCUCAUUCGGAUGGUGCUCGGGGCUGAGCCCCCCGCAAUGGGCGGGCGCGGAUCCAGCCUUGGGGGGGGGUCGGGGUCCCCCCGCUUUAUGCCUCACACUCCUAACCGCGGCCAGGACCAGCCGAAGCCCCCACCUCGUCCGUGUGCAUUAAAAUUUAUUUAACAGCC